UGAGUUAGCUAGUUAGCAACAUACAGCAAUAAUCAUAGAAAAGGCACAAAGCUUCAACCUAGCUAGUGUUGAUCAAUAGCUGUGUUGUUUUUGGUAUGCCACUCGAUCAAAGGUGCUGAGCAUUGCUAAUAAAGCAAAACCACCAAGCCAAGAAGGGACUGGCAGUGUUGAUGAUCAAUAGCUAAUUACUAGCAAGCUAAUAUCUGAAUCUUUAUACACAUCGAUCUGCAGAUCUCCUGAUAAAUAUUAGCGCAUGUUUUGUUGAAGAUGAAGAUUUCGAUUAGCCUGCAACUACUUUUGGGCUUGUUAUUGGCUAUUAAUGGCAUCCUCCUCCAUUGCCAAGCUUGGCCAGCGCGUUACACUUUUGUGGUGGAAGAAACUCCAUACAAAAGAUUGUGUAGCACAAAGAACAUCUUGACUGUAAAUGGUCAGUUUCCCGGACCGACUUUGUACGCUCGCAAAGGAGACACCGUCAUCGUCGAUGUCUUUAACAGGGGCAAUCGUAACAUUACUCUCCACUGGCAUGGUGUUGACCAACCAAGGAAUCCAUGGUCGGACGGACCAGAGUAUAUCACGCAGUGCCCGAUUCAACCAGGAGCCAAUUUCACCCAAAAAAUCAUUUUUUCCGAGGAGGAAGGCACUCUUUGGUGGCAUGCUCACAGUGAGUGGGAUCGAGCCACUGUACAUGGUGCAAUCAUCAUAUACCCCAACAAGGACAACAAUUACCCUUUUGCCAAGCCUCAUGCAGAAAUCCCGGUCAUAUUGGGAGAGUGGUGGAAGGAAGAUAUAGGGAAGCUUUAUACUCAAACUCUUCAAUCCGGAGGGGACCCUAAUAAUUCCUCCGCUUUCCUCAUUAACGGUCAACCCGGCCAUCUGUAUCCAUGCUCUGAAUCAGAGACAUUCAAUCUGAUGGUUGAUUAUGGCAAAACCUACCUACUGAGGCUAAUCAAUUCCGCUGUGCAAGAGAUUAUGUUUUUCUCCAUCGCCAAUCACAAAGUCACAGUUGUAGGGGCAGAUGCUAGCUACACCAAGCCUUUCACAACCGAUUAUGUCACAAUCUCACCUGGUCAAACCCUUGACCUUUUGCUCACUGCUAAUCAGAAGCCUAACCACUACUACAUGGCCGCUAAAGCCUAUGUAGGUGGUGUUGGGGUUCCUUAUGAUAACACCACCACCACAGCCCUACUGCAAUACUCAAAUCGCGGGUUAAAAAAUUACACAUACACCCCUUCUCCAACCCCUUCGUUUCCUACUCUUCCUGCCUACAAUGACACUAAUGCAUCGGUUAAUUUUUCCGGCAGUCUCAGAAGCUUAGCUGAUAAUAACCACCCCAUUGAUGUUCCACUUAAAAUUACAACUCACUUGUUUUACACAGUCUCCGUCAACUCGUUUCCCUGCCCGAAUAAUUCCUGCGCCGGGCCUAAUGGGACACGUUUCGCCGCUAGCGUGAACAACAUCAGCUUUGUGGACCCUAGCAUUGACAUACUACAAGCUUACUAUUAUCAUGUCAACGGGGAAUUUGGAACUCGCUUUCCAGAUUUCCCGCCCUCGCUGUUUAAUUUUACGGCGCAGGACUUGCCGCUGUACCUUCAGAUUCCGAAACGAGGGACGGAGGUGAAGGUAUUGGAGUACAACACCACGGUGGAGCUUGUGCUUCAAGGGACUAAUUUGGUGUCGGGGGAUGACCAUCCAAUGCAUCUGCAUGGUUACAGUUUCUAUGUUGUUGGAAUGGGGCUUGGGAACUUUGACAAGGAUAAGGACCCUUUGAAAUAUAAUCUUGUCGAUCCUCCUCUUCGGAACACCGUUAUCGUCCCUGUAAAUGGGUGGACUACCAUUAGAUUCAAGGCCAACAACCCUGGAGUUUGGUUUAUGCACUGCCAUCUUGAUAGGCAUAUGUCGUGGGGCAUGGACGUGACAUUCAUAGUGAAAAAUGGAAAGGGCCCUCAAGCACAAAUGUUACCUCCACCACCGGAUAUGCCACCAUGUUAAAGCUACCUGCCUGCUAGCUAGCCCUCCAUCUAAUAUCUGAUUCCAUGUAAUAAUGGGGGAAGAAGGAUUGUGAUCAUAUUUGUAAUAAUAGAGAAGAAAUUAUGCUGAAUA